AUGGGGGAGAAUCAAGAAAGGUCUAAGAAAGAAAUUAUCAAGAAAAUAGAGGAUAGUAAUAGAGACUUAGAAAAGAAGGUAAUGACUGAGCUGAAGAAAGAGCUGGAAAAAAUGAGUGAAAAGAAUGCGAAAGUGAUAGAAGAACUGAAGAAAGAAAAUGUGGAAUUACGAAGAGAGGUGACGGAGUUAAAAAAGAGAGAAGAGGAAAGAGAAAGAAGAGAAAGGAAGAAGAAUAUUGUGAUUAAGGGAGAGCAAGUUGAGGAAGGAACAGAGAGACAGGUAGUAGAAGAUCUAUGUAAUGGAAUAUGUGGAGAAAAAAUAAGAGUGAAAGAGGUAAGGGUUAUUGACAAAGAAGAGAAAAUUAUUUUAGUGGAAUUAGAAAACUUUGAAGAAAAGAGGAAGAUUAUGAAAAAUAAGUAUAAGCUAAGAGAAAAGAAAAUAUAUGUGGAUGAAGAUAUGACAAGAAAAGAGAGGGGGAUACAGAAAAGGGUAAGAGAAUGGGCAUAUCAAGAGAAGAAAAAAGGAAGGAUGGGACAGAAUGGAAAUCGAAAGAGAUUUUGCGAGAGCGGCGAGGGUAAAUUAAACGGAGAACAAGCCGAAGAGAUGAAUGAAGGUGAAGAUGGAGAACAAGGGAGAGAUCGACGGCUGGAGAGAGAGACGGUGGAGGAUGGUAGAACGGAGAAGAAGGAAGAGAUAUGUAGAGAUAGAGUAAUAGAUAAGAGUGAUAGCAGUAAGAGUAAAAGAAAAGGGGGGAAUGAACGUAGGGAGGGGUGGGAGAGUGUGAAAGGAAGGGAUGAGAGUGCAGGGAAGAGGAGAAGGUUAAAGGGAGAGGAAGAGAGUGAAGGCGUGAGAAUAAAUGUGAAUGAAUGUAGUUUGGAUGAGAGAGAAAGGGAAAGAGAUGGGAAAGAAGGUAGAAAGAGCGGAAGAAUAGGAAGGAGGGAGGGUAAAUGGGAAAGGAGGGGAGGUAUAGAUAAGAAAGGUGGGGAGCCCUUGGACAAUGGGGAUGGAAGUAUAGUAGAUAAGAGUAAAAAGCAGAGGGAUGACUUAGAAAAUGGUAAUGACAAAGAUAUUGUCUUUAAUCUCGAGAGAUCGUUCGAUCCAUGGUGGGAAGAAUAUAAGAUGAAACAUUGCGCAUAA